CUUAGCGGCUGCGCGCUGGCCUCCCCGUCCUUUCGGUCCCGGCGGCAGGGCUGAGCUAGCGACGGGGUCUGUCCGUCUCUCCACGCGAUCGGGAUCUGUCCAUUUGCUGCCCCGCGCUCCACGCCACCAUGACGGAACAGGCCAUCUCCUUCGCCAAGGACUUCCUCGCCGGGGGCAUCGCUGCCGCCAUCUCCAAGACGGCCGUGGCCCCGAUCGAGCGGGUCAAGCUGCUGUUGCAGGUCCAACAUGCCAGCAAGCAGAUCGCAGCCGACAAGCAGUACAAGGGGAUCGUUGACUGCAUCGUGCGGAUCCCCAAGGAGCAGGGCGUGCUGUCCUUCUGGAGGGGCAACCUGGCCAACGUGAUCCGCUACUUCCCCACGCAAGCCCUCAACUUCGCCUUCAAGGAUAAAUACAAGCAGGUGUUCCUGGGUGGCGUCGACAAGCACACCCAGUUCUGGAGGUAUUUCGCCGGCAACCUGGCCUCCGGAGGGGCUGCGGGAGCGACUUCCCUGUGCUUCGUCUACCCGCUGGAUUUCGCCAGGACCCGCCUGGCCGCCGACGUGGGCAAGUCGGGCACCGAGCGCGAGUUCAAGGGCCUGGGCGACUGCCUGGUGAAGAUCACCAAGUCGGACGGCAUCCGCGGCCUCUACCAGGGCUUCAACGUGUCCGUGCAGGGCAUCAUUAUUUACCGGGCCGCCUACUUUGGGGUGUACGACACAGCCAAGGGCAUGCUUCCAGACCCCAAAAACACGCACAUCGUGAUCAGCUGGAUGAUCGCGCAGACUGUCACCGCGGUGGCCGGCGUGGUGUCCUACCCGUUCGACACCGUAAGGAGGAGGAUGAUGAUGCAGUCUGGCCGCAAAGGAGCGGACAUCAUGUACACAGGCACCCUGGACUGCUGGAGGAAGAUCUUCAAGGACGAGGGCGGCAAAGCGUUCUUCAAGGGCGCCUGGUCCAACGUCCUGCGCGGCAUGGGCGGCGCCUUCGUCCUGGUGCUGUACGACGAGCUGAAGAAAGUCAUCUAGGAGGUCUGUCCCCUGCACACGGGUUGGGACUCCGCGGCCCCCAGAUUUCUCCAUUCCUAUUACGGACCACUGACCUUCGAGAAAUUCCAGUCUUGUCCUGGCUGCCACCUUGUCCUUCCUUAGAGGGGGCUCAAGGUGACCUUGAGCAACCCAUGACACCCCGACCUCCCCGGGUUGAUGGCUGGGGGGUGAUGGAUUGACGUGAUGACGUCACAGAGGGUCCACGGGGUGGGGCGGCCCGGCCAGGAGGACCUGGACGUCCAGGGCGCUUGUCGGACCCGUUGUCUUUAUUUAUUUCAGACAAAAGUUUCAUGUGUCCCGUUUGUGCCUGUCGCACUAGCUCCUCUUUUUGCACACACAGCCCUAGCGAUUCGGUUCCAUGUCGGGCAUUCGGACGCAAAAUAAAACACAGGACACGAUGGACCUCGCCUUGUCCCCCCGGCCGGCGGCCCCAGCUCGGCGUGCACCCCCCUUCGCCAGCCCCCCAAAAGCAACACGGGUUCCUGGCUCCGUCCAAGGUCGAGGUGUGGCAGGGCCAUGUCUGGUGACAGCUGCUUCCUGGUCCAUGCAUGGCGCCGUCUCGCUGUGUCCUCCAUGGUGGAAGGGCAGGGGGCUCUCUGGGGUCUGUUAGAAAUAAGGACACCGACCCCAUCCAUGGGGCUCCACCCCGUGACCCCGUCACCUCCCAGAGUCCCCACCUCCCAGCACCGCCAUCUGGGGAUGACAUUGUAGAUGGGAAUUUGGGGGACACAACACAGGAGGCUGCCCCAGCCUCUCCCUGCUUCGCCCUGCGUCUGUGUGUCCUCCCUUGUCCGUUAUAGGCCGCCCUCAUCUCAAAGUCCCUCCCUCCACCCGCAGCGACCCUGUUUCCAAAUGACGCCCCAGCCCCAGCCCCAGGUGACACAAGUUUGGAAAACACCCUACUCCCCUCAGUUGUGUGCGACUUCACCAUAUUCCAGUGUGGCGGCCUGGCCCAGCGGAGUGGGUGACACAGCUGGCCCAGGCGACCUCAUCUCACGACCUUCAUUCCGCUUACAAAGACCCUAUUUCCAAAUGGGGCCAUUCUCAGCUCCCAGGCUGACUUGUCUUUAAGAAAAGUCACCAUUGCCCUCAGUUCUGUGGGACUCGACCAUUUUCCAGUGUGGCGGCCUGGCCCAAUGGCGUGGGUGACACAGCUGCUCCAGGCGACCUCAGGACCCCAAUGCUGUGUGUCUUCUGUUAAAAGGACACUGCCACUGCAUGUAGGGCCACCA